AUGGCGGUGGAGAGAAGCGCGGUGCGCCCCGUUAUAGACGCUGCAAUCAAUCUCACCGCUGGAGCCGCCGGGGGAGUGGCGUGCGUGGUGAGCGGGCAGCCGUUUGACACGGUGAAGACGAAGCUGCAGACGUUUCCCGGCCUGUACCGCGGCUUCGUGGACUGCUCCUUGAAGACGUACCGGCAGGACGGGGUGUGGGGCCUGUACCAGGGCACCAUGCCCGCCCUCCUGGCCAACGUGGCAGAGAACGCAGUCCUCUUUGCCUGCUACGGGACCUGCCAGCAGCUCACUGCCAGAGCCUUCGGUCUGAAGAGCAUUUCGGAACUCAGUGACCUGCAGAACGCUGCCGCUGGCUCCUUGGCUUCCGUGUUCUCCUCGCUGGUGCUCUGUCCCACCGAGCUGGUGAAGUGCCGCAUGCAGGCCCUGCACGAGAUGAGGACGGCGGGGAAGACCUCUCUGGCCAGCCGCGUCUCCACCUGGUCCAUGGUCAGGAACAUCCUGCGGACGGAGGGGCCGCAAGGGCUGUUCCAGGGAAUGACCAGCACCUGGCUCCGAGAGGUGCCGGGAUACUUCUUCUUCUUUGGUGGUUACGAGAUCAGCCGCACCCUCUUAACACAGCCGGGAUGCUCUAAGGACCAACUGGAUGCUCUUCCCCUGGUGGUGAGUGGAGGUAUUGGGGGUGCUUUCUUCUGGCUGGCUGUCUACCCCAUUGAUUCUGUCAAGUCACGCAUCCAAGUGCUAUCCAUGACUGGCAAGCAGGCAGGCUUCCUCCAUACCCUCCUCAGCAUCAUACGUGCUGAAGGAGUUCCUGCUCUGUACAUUGGCCUGACCCCCACGGUCCUGCGCGCAUUCCCCUCAAACGGCGCUCUCUUCCUGGCGUACGAGCUGACCAGGAGAGCGCUGACCAGCCAGGCCAUGGGCAGCUGAGUGGAUGCGGAGCAGAGGUGGAGCGCCCACACAUGGACACUUGCUGUCAGUUAGCUGACAUCAUUGCUGGGGCUCUAAAUUGUACAGUUACAGGCAGCCAGUGCUUACACCUUUAAUCCUGAGCCUAGUGCCCUUCUUAUAAGUA